UUCAAGAUCAUCAGGACACGGGCGCUCAAUACGCUUUAAAUGUAUUUGUAGGGCAGGAGUUCGGCGAAGAGACGGUGACUCCUGAGUUUUACAAUUGCAGUAAUUUUAUUUUUACAAUAAAAAGACAUUCCCAGAUAACAGGAGAGGGGCGAUAGUUCUGCCUUCCCUCUGAUAUUUUCCUGAAAUAUCUGAAAGUGAACGGACGGGAGUUUUGGGGGAAAAAAAAGUUUUUCUCUUUUUAAGUUCGGUAGAAGCUUUGAAUUGGUAAUUGGAAAAUACCUUUGGUAGGGGAGAGGAAGGAAAAAGAAACCUUGUUUAAACAGAAAGCAGGAGGAUUCGCUGCGGAAUUUGGAGCGAGUUGUAUAAUCCUCACACAGGGGUUAAAAAAGAAAGAGGGUAAAACUCAGCGCUUUAUGUGGUGAAGAAAAUAAAAGAAGAGUUGGAAAGCGAACCCCAUCGUAGCGGAAUUGGCCAGGAGUUGUGCAAACAUUUCCAAAGCUGCACAAUGGCCGGAUUGUACAACCCGACCCUGAAGACGCUUGAAGAUCUGACACUGGACUCAGGCUAUGGAGCUGGGGAUUCCUGCAGGUCGCUCAGUCUCUCCUCUUCCCGAUCCAACUCGCAGGCCCUGCAGUCAGCUCACCGCGGGAACUGGUGGUACCUGUCCGGAUCCAUGAACAGCCGCAACAACAGCUGGGACACUGUCAACACGGUGCUGCCCGAAGAGCCGGAGCUCGGCGACAUCUUCUCCAAAUGUCCCCGGCUCCCGGAGCUGGAGGAGUUCCCCUGGACCGAGGAGGACGUGGGCAAGCUGCUGCGGAAAGGGCGAGCCGCCGGGGAGAGUGGCAAACUCUUCUCGCUGGAAGCCGUCAGGCGCCUGUCGCUGUUGCUCAGGAGGGCUCUUCUCCGGGUCUCCAGGGAAGCCCAGAGGCUCAGUGUCGUCCACUGCAAAUGCACCAAGUUCGAGAUCCAGAGCGCCAUCCGGCUCGUCCUGUCCUGGUCCCUGUCCGAGAGCUGUGUCUCCGCUUCAGUGAAAGCCCUGUCUCUCUACAACAUGAGCGCUGGGGACAGGCUGCGGAAAAGCAAGAGUUCCAG